AGAGUUCUCCGAAUGCACACAGGUGGAAGGCAAAUCAAUCGCAGCCAGGAGAGUUGCUAAUAAUAUUGAGUCUCUCUCUCUCUCUCUCUCUCUCUCUCUCUCUCUCUCUCUCUCUCUCUCUCUCUCUCUCCACCACUCCCCCUCCUCACUUCCACUACACAUAUUCACCGGUUCUGUUGGUCAUUUGUGUGCUUCAGAUCAGUAACAGGCAAUAGGGAGGAGAGAGGAGAGAGGGAUGCUCGGAAGUGGGGGUGCCUCUCUAACUCCUGCAACAUGAACUCGGGAAAUAUAUGGAUCUUCUUCCUGUUGACUCUGCCGUCUCUUGGUCUUGGAAUGUCUCAAGCAGAAUGCGAAGCUUUAACAGAAUGGAAGAAAAACGAGAGUGAAUGCCUCAAGGAGAUUCAGCAGCACAUGAAUGAAACAGCAGGUUGCAAGAGAAUAUGGGACCAACUCCUGUGCUGGCCGGAUACAAAUGCUGGACAAACGCUCACCUUUACCUGCCCGGGCAUCCUUCUCCACUUCACAAAGCAUCCAGGCUCAGUGAAAAGAAGCUGCACAGCUCAGGGCUGGUCUGAACCAUUUCCACCCUAUUCCACAGCAUGUCCAGUGGAAGAUGAGGUUACUCUUUAUGAGCAUGCCUACCUGACAACCGUCAAAACCAUCUACACUGUGGGCUACAGCAUCUCCACCACCUCCCUUGCUAUGGCCAUCAUGGUCCUCAUCGCAUUCAGGAGGCUCCGUUGCCCCAGAAACUACAUCCAUGUCCAUCUCUUUUUCACCUUCAUCCUGAAGACCAUUGCCGUCUUCGUCAAGGAUGAGGUUCUUUUCAAAACAGAAGAUGUUGAUUAUUGUAGCUUUUCCACGACCGAAUGCAAGAUCUCGGUGGUUUUCUGUCAAUAUUUCACAAUGGCUAACUUCAUGUGGCUGCUGGUGGAAGCUCUCUACCUCAACUGCCUGCUGCUGUCCUCCUUUCCCCAUGGAAGAAAAUAUUACUGGUGGCUUAUGCUGUUUGGCUGGGGUGUUCCAACGUUUUUUACCAUACUGUGGAUAUUAGUCAAGGUGCAUUUCGAAGACAUUUCUUGCUGGGAUGCAAACCAAGGUUCUCCUUACUGGUGGCUAAUCAAAGGACCCAUUAUAUUUUCUGUUGGGGUCAACUUCAUUCUUUUUAUCAACAUCAUCAGAAUCCUGCUGAAAAAACUGGACCCGGGACAAAUCAGUUUCAACAACUCAUCUCAGUACAGACGCCUCUGUAAGUCGACUCUGCUCCUCAUCCCUCUGUUCGGGACGCAUUACAUCAUCUUCAAUUUUCUUCCCGAUUACGCCAAUGUGGGGGUUCGCCUCUCCUUGGAGCUCUGCAUCGGAUCAUUCCAGGGCUUCAUUGUUGCUGUUCUGUACUGCUUCCUAAAUCAAGAGGUUCAGGCGGAAAUUUGUCGGAAAUGGCGUGGCAACAGCUAUGGAUUUAUGCCGAUUUGGAGGAAGAGGACAAGGUGGACCGUGCCAUCGAGUUCUGGCAUCAAGAUGACAACCUCGGUGUGUUAGGGGUGACUGAUAAGGCGAAAGGAAACAGGAAGGACCAGAAGAAAGGAAUGUGGAGUUUGGGAAGAAGCUGUCACCCAGAUUUAUCACUAAGCUGAAGUUAGUUCUCCAAAUCAAGCACCUCCAUCGCUUAAAGAUUGUGGCUUCAGCAUAGAACAUUAUGACCUUCUCAUUUCUCAGAUUUUGGAUCUCUUGCACCUGCCUCUGAAGUGGAAAUGAUGGUUAAGAAAUCUCCAUUGUUCCUCCCCCCCUCCUCAAAUUGUGGUAUACAGAGCGCAGGCAUCUUGCUUAUUUCAGCUCCUUUGUUUUGCUUUGUGGAAUAGACUAUGGCUCAAGCCCCUGCUUUGCAAGCAAAAAUCAACCAUUGGCGAGAUCAGGGAGCAGAUUAUUGACUUGGAUUUGAUUUAAUAUUUGUAUUCUGCUUUUCCAGCAACAAAUGUUGAGCUCAGGGAGGCUCCCAAUAAUCACAAAAACAUUGAAAA